CUGAAGAAGUAAAAAUCUCUGGUCAUUGUGUUUCAUGUAGCCUAGUUUCUCUGGCGCAGUUCUCCCUCCGUCUGUCUGUGUCUGUGCGCCGAGGGUAUAAUUUUGAUCUCGUAACCUAUCACCCAGAUCUGCCCUUGUGCAGUCUGAUAUCUCGCGCUGUGGCCAGCUGUCGCUCUCCGCACUGCUCCACCAUACACGCGCACGUAGCCACAUCCGCACAGAGCGCAUCCUGCAAUCCGUUCCCCAUCCAGCCACCCUUUCACUGGUAGUCAUCAAGGCAGACCCGGUGGAGACGCCUACUUUCAUUCACUCUCCAAACUGGACACAAGAAUCUCGAUCGCUCUAACGCUCCUCCAGCCUCUACCAGCAGCAGCACCAUGGCAACCAAGAGACCAGAGGACAGGAUCUCUUCUUCAGGACCACAGUCAUGUCCCUCUACAGCAGUAAGACCCACAGACACCAGGCAGCCUGGGGCAGAGACACGGGAGACACUGGUUUACAUGCAGUGCUGUGGGCAGGAAGCCCCUAACUUGACAGAGAGGAACGGUCAUAGGAAAAUCAUGGAUAGGAACCAUCAGGGCCCAGUCUUGGUGCCCCAGAGGAGGAUUGAGAGGGUCUGGACCCACCCCUCGGCUCCCCAGCAGACUACAACUCCCACAAUACCCUCCUGCCCUGUGUCUGCCCCUUACAGUUUCUGGAGCCCAGGGUCGGUGGAGAUGGAUGAGAUCAUGGCAGCCAUGGUUCUGACCAGUCUGUCCUGCAGCCCUGUGGUCCAGAGUUCUCCUCAGAGUCAGAAUGACUCUCUACCAGGUUCAUCAUCAUGGGGCGGAGACAUGGAGUGUAGGGGCGGAGACAUGGAGUGUGGGGGCGGAGACAUGGAGUGUGGGGGCGGGGAGCUUUCGGACAGUGGCAGCAGUGGCUACUGGAGCUGGGACCACGGCAACGUUAGUCCCGCUCCGUCCCCUUCUGUCGCCGAGAUGGACAGCCGCCCAGAUGAAGGACUGCAUAUGGAGCUGGGGGGUGAGCUACAUACAGCCGCAAGGUCAAAGAGUUCUUUCAGAGGAACGUACAGAUGUCUGUGGCCUAGCUGUGGCAAGGUGCUCACGUCUUCAGUUGGGAUGAAGAGACAUGUCCGUGUGAUGCACCUGGGCAGUGGAUCGGAGCAGUCCCCAAGAGAGGAGGACUUCUACUACACAAAGAUUUCCUGCGAAGCUCCAGCAGACCCCUCUCUCGUUUCCCCUCUUCCCCCAGACCCCUCUCCCGUCCGCCCUCUUCCCCCAGACCCCUCUCCCGUCUCCCCUCUUCCCCCAGCUCCCCUCCCGGCUUCGUCCCCUCACGUCCCCUGGGCAUCCUGUGGCUCCCCUCUAAGCCCUGAUCCAGAUUCCGGACUCCAGAUCACCUCCUCGGGGUCAGGGAGCUCCAGGCCCAGCUCAGGUCCAGAGUCAGCCCCAUACCAGCACAGACCUCUCAGCCAGUCUGCCCCUAGCUCCUCCUGGCAGAUACAGACAGACCAUGUCUAUCAGGCCUGCACUCCCCUCCAGGUAACCAUGUCCUCCUGCAGCCCCGCCCCCUGUUGUUGGACCCCUCCCCCUCUCACCGUCUCUAACCAACACAGCCAUCACAACACCCAGGUGGUGACGGGUCGCUGCAGGUCUGUGAGUGUGGGAGAGCAGUGGCUUCAACAGAACAGCGCCACCAACAGGCUAACCACCUUGAGAGCAGCCUCCCCGUCGGGCUCUCACUGCUCCUUCAGGAAGGGACGAGGGGAGGCUAAGAAGUGUCGUAAGGUGUACGGAGUGGAGCACAAGGAGCAGUGGUGCACAGCCUGCCGCUGGAAGAAAGCCUGCCAGCGCUUCACAGACUAAACGAGUGUGUGAACGAAGGAUGAUGAAAGAAAGAGACUGAAAAAGAGAGGACGCGAUCAGGAUCAGGGCCUGUAAAGCCAUCAACAAAAACAACUUCCUUUUUUUCUACCUUGUUUAUUUUCCCCUCGAGGAAUAAAGUUCAGUUUUUUUAUACGUUGACCUGAGAAGUACGUCAGUGUGCGAUGGUGGUGCUAGUAGCUAGUAGGUUAGACUGUGUUAUGUGGUAGGCCUACCAAUGUUCUUCCGUCCCAGACCUGUUUGUGCUGUGUAGCAUGGCAACAACCAUAGGAGUUAGCUAUACACAGGGAUGGGCACUGGCUAGUUGCCCUGGGUAACAUUUGGGUCCAAAGUAUGCGCCAUACAAUAUUUCUAAGAACAAACUUUGACUGGCCUGGUGUGAUCUGAAUAGUACUAGCGGGCUAGCUUCAUAUCCUACUAGCCUGGUCUGAAUAGUACUAGCGGGCUAGCUUCAUAUCCUACUAGCCUGGUCUGAAUAGUACUAGCGGGCUAGCUUCAUAUCCUACUAGCCUGGUCUGAAUAGUACUGGCGGGCUAGCUUCAUAUCCUACUAGCCUGGUCUGAAUAGUACUAGCGGGCUAGCUUCAUAUCCUACUAGUAUGGUCUGGUCUGAAUAGUACUAGCGGGCUAGCUUCAUAUCCUACUAGUAUGGUCUGGUCUGAAUAGUACUAGCGGGCUAGCUUCAUAUCCUACUAGCCUGGUCUGAACAGUACCAGCGGGCUAGCUUCAUAUCCUACUAGCCUGGUCUGAAUAGUACUAGCGGGCUAGCUUCAUAUCCUACUAGCCUGGUCUGAACAGUACUAGCGGGCUAGCUUCAUAUCCUACUAGCCUGGUCUGAAUAGUACUAGCGGGCUAGCUUCAUAUCCUACUAGCCUGGUCUGAAUAGUACUAGCGGGCUAGCUUCAUAUCCUACUAGCCUGGUCUGAAUAGUACUGGCGGGCUAGCUUCAUAUCCUACUAGCCUGGUCUGAAUAGUACUAGCGGGCUAGCUUCAUAUCCUACUAGCCUGGUCUGAAUAGUACUGGCGGGCUAGCUUCAUAUCCUACUAGCCUGGUCUGAAUAGUACUAGCGGGCUAGCUUCAUAUCCUACUAGCCUGGUCUGAACAGUACUAGCGGGCUAGCUUCAUAUCCUACUAGCCUGGUCUGAAUAGUACUAGCGGGCUAGCUUCAUAUCCUACUAGCCUGGUCUGAAUAGUACUAGCGGGCUAGCUUCAUAUCCUACUAGCCUGGUCUGAAUAGUACUGGCGGGCUAGCUUCAUAUCCUACUAGCCUGGUCUGAAUAGUACUAGCGGGCUAGCUUCAUAUCCUACUAGUAUGGUCUGGUCUGAAUAGUACUAGCGGGCUAGCUUCAUAUCCUACUAGUAUGGUCUGGUCUGAAUAGUACUAGCGGGCUAGCUUCAUAUCCUACUAGCCUGGUCUGAACAGUACCAGCGGGCUAGCUUCAUAUCCUACUAGCCUGGUCUGAAUAGUACUAGCGGGCUAGCUUCAUAUCCUACUAGCCUGGUCUGAACAGUACUAGCGGGCUAGCUUCAUAUCCUACUAGCCUGGUCUGAAUAGUACUAGCGGGCUAGCUUCAUAUCCUACUAGCCUGGUCUGAAUAGUACUAGCGGGCUAGCUUCAUAUCCUACUAGCCUGGUCUGAAUAGUACUGGCGGGCUAGCUUCAUAUCCUACUAGCCUGGUCUGAAUAGUACUAGCGGGCUAGCUUCAUAUCCUACUAGCCUGGUCUGAAUAGUACUGGCGGGCUAGCUUCAUAUCCUACUAGCCUGGUCUGAAUAGUACUAGCGGGCUAGCUUCAUAUCCUACUAGCCUGGUCUGAACAGUACUAGCGGGCUAGCUUCAUAUCCUACUAGCCUGGUCUGAAUAGUACUAGCGGGCUAGCUUCAUAUCCUACUAGCCUGGUCUGAAUAGUACUAGCGGGCUAGCUUCAUAUCCUACUAGCCUGGUCUGAAUAGUACUGGCGGGCUAGCUUCAUAUCCUACUAGCCUGGUCUGAAUAGUACUAGCGGGCUAGCUUCAUAUCCUACUAGUAUGGUCUGGUCUGUACAGUACUAUCGGGCUAGCUUCAUAUCCUACUAGCCUGGUCUGAACGGUACUAGCGGGCUAGCUUCAUAUCCUACUAGUAUGGUCUGUACGGUACUAUCGGGCUAGCUUCAUAUCCUACUAGCCUGGUCUGAAUAGUACUAGCGGGCUAGCUUCAUAUCCUACUAACCUGGUCUGUACGGUACUAUCGGGCUAGCUUCAUAUCCUACUAGUAUGGUCUGAAUAGUACUAGCGGGCUAGCUUCAUAUCCUACUAGCCUGAUCUGAAUAGUACUAGCGGGCUAGCUUCAUAUCCUACUAGUAUGGUCUGAAUAGUACUAGCGGGCUAGCUUCAUAUCCUACUAGCCUGGUCUGAAUAGUACUAGCGGGCUAGCUUCAUAUCCUACUAGCCUGGUCUGAAUAGUACUAGCGGGCUAGCUUCAUAUCCUACAAGCCUGGUCUGAAUAGUACUAGCAAGCUAGCUUCAUAUCCUACUAGUAUGGUCUGAAUAGUACUAGCGGGCUAGCUUCAUAUCCUACUAACCUGGUCUGUACGGUACUAUCGGGCUAGCUUCAUAUCCUACUAGUAUGGUCUGAAUAGUACUAGCGGGCUAGCUUCAUAUCCUACUAGCCUGGUCUGAAUAGUACUAGUGGGCUAGCUUCAUAUCCUACUAGUAUAGUCUGUACGGUACUAUCGGGCUAGCUUCAUAUCCUACAAGCCUGGUCUGAAUAGUACUAGCAAGCUAGCUUCAUAUCCUACUAAGCUGGUCUGAACGGUACUAGCGGGCUAGCUUCAUAUCCAUCCCUGGUUGAACUCUUGAACAAGACACUUAACCCUUAACUGCUCUCCAUCCAGGAUUCUUCUUCUUCUAUACAGGAAACCGAUCUGUCCCCAGGUUCCUUCCACCUUCCACUGAGAGCAUCUCUACACACCUUCCACUGAGAGCAUCUCUACACACCUUCCACUGAGAGCAUCUCUACACACCUUCCACUGAGAGCAUCUCUACACACCUUCCACUGAGAGCAUUUCUCCUCACCUUCCACUGAGAGCAUUUCUCCUCACCUUCCACUGAGAGCAUUUCUCCUCACCUUCCACUGAUAGCAUUUCUCCUUCUCUUCCACUGAGAGCAUCUCUACACACCUUCCACUGAGAGCAUCUCUCCUCCUCUUCCACUGACAGCAUCUCUACACACCUUCCACCGAGAGCAUCUCUACACACCUUCCACUGAGAGCAUCUCUCCUCCCCUUCCACUGAGAGCAUCUCUCCUCCCCUUCCACUAAGAGCAUCUCUCCUCACCUUCCACUGAGAGCAUUUCUCCUCACCUUCCACUGAGAGCAUUUCUCCUCACCUUCCACUGAGAGCAUUUCUCCUCACCUUCCACUGAGAGCAUUUCUCCUCACCUUCCACUGAGAGCAUCUCUCCUCCCCUUCCACUGAUAGCAUCUCUCCUCACCUUCCACUGAGAGCAUCUCUCCUCCCCUUCCACUGAGAGCAUCUCUCCUCCUCUUCCACUGAUAGCAUCUCUCCUCACCUUCCACUGAGAGCAUUUCUCCUCACCUUCCACUGAGAGCAUUUCUCCUCACCUUCCACUGAGAGCAUUUCUCCUCACCUUCCACUGAGAGCAUUUCUCCUCACCUUCCACUGAGAGCAUCUCUCCUCCCCUUCCACUGAGAGCAUUUCUCCUCCCCUUCCACUGAGAGCAUCUCUCCUCCCCUUCCACUGAGAGCAUCUCUCCUCCUCUUCCACUGAGAGCAUCUCUACACACCUUCCACUGAGAGCAUCUCUCCUCCCCUUCCACUGAGAGCAUCUCUCCUCCCCUUCCACUGAGAGCAUCUCUCCUCCCCUUCCACUGAGAGCAUCUCUCCUCCUCUUCCACUGAGAGCAUCUCUCCUCCCCUUCCACUGAGAGCAUCUCUCCUCCUCUUCCACUGAGAGCAUCUCUCCUCCUCUUCCACUGAGAGCAUCUCUCCUCCCCUUCCACUGAGAGCAUCUCUCCUCCUCUUCCACUGAGAGCAUCUCUCCUCCUCUUCCACUGAGAGCAUCUCUCCUCCCCUUCCACUGAGAGCAUCUCUCCUCCCCUUCCACUGUAUGUUUUUUCUCUUCUUCUUCAACAUUCCAUUCUUCCCUGUGGUCUCUACUACGGAGGUGAUGGAAACCUGUUACUUCUACAUGGUGUGCUAUCUAUGAGUUCUUCCUUUGGACUAUUUUGUGUGUGUGUCUCUUUUUAAAUGAUUGUCUUUCUGUCCCGCCUGAGAGGUAGGCAGAGGUUUAUGUUUUGGCACAUUUUAUGGGAAAUGUAUUUUACAAGGAUAAUGAUAAAUAAGCUACAUUUGGUUUGACUCGUUGUGGUUUUUAAUCGAGUCAGUUCCUUCCAUAACAGUAUUUUACUCUUCCCCAUCUUGGUAAGCAUUGUUAUGGUUCUGUCUGUAUAAGCUUCUGGACAGUAUUGGGGUCAUUUUGAAUUGGGCAGUCCAAUUUUUAAAAAAUUGUGUUUGUUCUCAAUGAUUUCUCAAUAAAUGGAAGAGGAGAAGCAAAUUA